CUCCCUAAACCCUGACUGAAUCACGACAAUGGUGGCCAAAACGCCCGUACUAUCCCGCCUCCUCAGCCGCCUCGAGGUAAACCGUGACACUGACGCACCAGUCGACAUCUACGUGAACAAAGAUACACGCCCUCUUCCGCCCUCCCGCCGUCCAUACGGACCAUGGCACUUUGUUGGGCUAUGGAUGAUUACGGGCUCGUUUAAUGUGGGUGGCUGGACGACGGGGUCGUCGCUGAUUUCGUUGGGGUUGAAUGUUUGGCAAGCCAUGUUGGCGAUCAUCAUCGCGCAUACGUUCGUGGGCCUCCUAUGUGUAGCCGGUGGUCAUCCCGGCGCGAAAUGGCACAUCGGGUUUCCGAUCUGGAUGAAGCAGAAUUGGGGGAUUUGGGGGUAUCUCUUCCCAAUGGCCAUUCGCGUCUUCCUCUCCUUUGUCUGGACAGCCACAAACACCUGGUACGGCAGCCAAUGUCUGAAAGUCCUCCUGACAUGCAUCUGGCCCUCCUUCCUGUCCCUCGACACGUCACUCGCCUCCGGCGCAAUGAAGGUCUACGAUAUGGUUUCCUUUGUGCUAUAUUUCCUCCUCUGUCUCCCGCUCAUGUGGUUCAGUCCUGAGAACUACAAGAAGCCGUUCAUGGUUGCCUCAAUUACAGUCGCGACAACGGUCUUUGUCCUACUGAUCUGGUCGACUGUUCGUGCUGGCGGUGGAGGUGGUCUGAUUCACGACCCCUCGGCUAUAGCUGGCGUUGAGCCUGCGAAGGGAUCCGCGCUAGGUUGGGCGUUUGUGUCUGCCAUCACGGCGAAUAUAGGGAGCAUCGCGACGCAUAUGUGGUCACAAUCAGAUUACACGAGGUACGCCCGCAGGCCAGGCGACCAGGUCCUCGCGCAGCUCAUUAUGGUCCCCCUCGGCACGAUCGUCGUCGCGUGUAUCGGGAUCAUCUGUACCUCGUGUGCGACGACACUGUAUCCGAACGAGCGAUCGCUGCUCUGGAACCCGUAUGAUUUCCUCGAUGCCGUGCGCCGGAACGAAGGUACCCAAGGCGCAAGGGCUGGAGUCGCGUUGGCGAGUAUCGCGUUUAUGCUCAGCCAGUUCGGCAUGGUCGUUGCGUCGAACUGUGUCGUUGCCGGUAUUGAUCUUGCAGCACUCCUCCCGAGGUGGUUUACCGUGCGACGAGGAGGGUAUUUCACCAUCGCUUUUGUCUUCGUUCUCCAGCCGUGGUCACUUCUGAACAGCGCAACGAACUUCCUCACCGUCGUCGGCAGCUUCAAUAUCUUCCUCGGACCGCUCAUGGGGAUUAUGUUCGUCGAUUACUUCCUCAUCCGGAAGACGACGAUGAAGCUAAGCGAUAUGUACGCCUCCACCCCGGCGAGUCUGUACUGGUACACGAAGGGCUGGAACUGGCGUGCUGGCGUCGCGUGGGUGACGGGGGUCUGGUUCCUGGUGCCUGGUCUUGCGCAGAGGGCGACGGCUCCCGGAGAGAUCUGGGCGGGGUGGACGAGGUUGUAUCAGCUGGCGUGGUUUCUUGGGUGUGUGGUCUCUGGAGUGGUGUAUUUCGCUUUGGAUCGGGUCUGGCCCUUGCCUGGGAGGACCGAGGUCGAUGAGGAGGAUUAUUUUGGGACGUUUGAGGAGAGAGGUAGUGUUGUUGAUGGGAUAGCCCCGGGGCCGGAUCCAGACGAAAUUGCCGGAGAGAAGGCGGCGGCGCUGCAGAGGGUUGACGAGAAGGGAGGUGAUGUGUAGACUAGAAAAUCAUCUUGCUUUUUAGAGCUUCCCUUUCGAAUUGAUGAGAGCAACUGUCGUACCCCCUGGCCCUCUGCAGCUGUACGGGUCUUGUAAUGGUUCGAUAUCUACUCCCACCGUUGUCGAGCAGUGAUGGUCUUAAAAUCGUCGG